GGAGGUCCUAUGGCCACUGGCAACGAUCGCGUGUUUGAGCUCCACGCCGAUCCAUCGUCCGAGAGCACAGUGACGCUGAGGGAGAAUCCUUUGCGGCAGAAAGAUGUUGUGAGGAUUGGAUGUGGCGCCGGCUUUGCUGGCGACAGGCCCCGCGCGGCAUUGAAGCUCCUCCAUCGGGUGCCAAGCUUGCAGUACUUGGUUCUAGAGUGUCUCGCCGAGCGGACCUUUGUGGAGCGUGUGGAAGCUAAAGCCGCCGGUGGCCAAGGCUAUGAUCCUCGAAUCUCGGAAUGGAUGACUUCUCUUCUUCCAGUAGCAGUGGAGAAAGGAGUUUGCAUCGUCACAAACAUGGGCGGAGUGGAUCCUUUGGGAGCACAAGACGAGGUUCUCAAGCUCUCUUCAAAACUUGGGAUUCAUAUCUCUGUGGCUGUGGCCUACGAGUAUCCGCUUCCUUCUGAUGGUUCUAGCACUUACCUUGGAGCAGCUCCAAUCGUGCAAGUAUUACAGCAAUGUCGACCUCAUGUUAUCAUCACCAGUCGUGUGGCCGAUGUUGCGCUUUUCCUGGGACCGAUGAUUUUCGAGCUUGGCUGGAACUGGAACAGCUACAAAGAGCUUGCUCAAGGUGCGGUCGCUGCUCAUCUCCUGGAAUGCGGAUGCCAGCUGACAGGAGGGUACUACGUGCAUCCAGGUGACAAGCUUCGAAGUCUUCCGUUUCCAGAACUUCUUGACGUUUCGCUGCCAUACGCUGACAUUUCCUGGGACGGAAAAGUAGUCGUCGCCAAAGCCGAAGGCUCUGGGGGAGAAAUAAGUGAGAGAACAUGCUCUGAGCAGCUUAUAUAUGAAGUGGAGGAUCCUUCUUCGUAUAUCACCCCUGAUGUGGUACAGACUGCACCUUUCAUUUAACGCUUCUUAUGUUC